UCCUCAGGUUAAAGGUGCAGCAGAGCAUAAAAGAGGCUGCAGGUUGAGCUGAAUCAGAUCCUCUGGAACCAGGAAUGAACAUCUGACUCUGCAGAGCUUUCAGAGGAUUUCUGAGAAUGAACCAAGGGAACCAGUAUCCAGGAGGUAACCCUGCAUUUCCUCCACCAAUGUCAAACUGCCCUGCUGCACCUGGACAUCCAGGACACGCCGGACAUCCACACGGAGCCGGACACGGACCCGGACAUGGACACGGACCCGGACAGUGCCAUGGACAUGGACACAAAGACAAGAAGAAGCACAAGCACAAGGACAAGAACAAGGACAAGCUUAAGCACAAGCACAAACACGGCCAGUGCCACAAGAAAGGGAAGGACAGCCACGGGGCGUCCAGCAGCUCCUGCAGCAGCAGCAGCAGCAGCAGCAGCAGCAGCGACUCCGACUGAAUGAACAACCAGUUCUGA